AUGGAGGAUCCAUCCAUUAGUGGUAAGCCUAAAGAUGCUGAACUUGAAUUGGCGAGUAAGGAAGAUACACAGAAUGGUGGUAAACGUAAAGAGCCCGAACCUGACCUGGAGAGUAAGGAAAAUUCGAAGCAGGAUUUGCCUCCCAAAAGGCGGAAUAUAGCUCGGACAUGUAUCCACGAGGUUGCUAUUCCGAGUGGGUAUAAUUCAACUAAGGAUGAGUCAGUUCAUGGGACUCUUGCAAAUCCUGUUUAUAACGGGGAGAUGGCGAAAAAGUACCCAUUUAAGCUCGACCCAUUUCAGGAAGUUUCUGUGGCAUGUUUGGAGCGAAACGAGUCAGUUUUGGUGUCAGCACAUACUUCUGCUGGCAAAACUGCUGUUGCUGAGUAUGCAAUUGCUAUGUCCUUCAGGAAUUCUCAGAAGGUUAUAUAUACUUCUCCAUUGAAAGCUCUUAGUAACCAGAAAUAUAGGGAGUUGGAACAUGAGUUCAAAGAUGUUGGGUUGAUGACUGGUGAUGUAACUAUAUCUCCAAAUGCAAAUUGUCUGGUAAUGACAACAGAGAUUCUCCGGGGAAUGCUUUAUAGGGGUUCUGAGGUUCUUAAAGAAGUUGCAUGGGUUAUAUUUGACGAGAUACAUUACAUGAAGGAUCGCGAAAGGGGUGUUGUUUGGGAGGAAAGUAUAAUAUUCCUACCUCCUGCAAUUAAGAUGGUUUUCUUAUCAGCGACAAUGUCAAAUGCAACUGAGUUUGCUGAGUGGAUAUGCAACAUCCAUAAGCAACCAUGUCAUGUUGUUUAUACAGAUUUUCGACCUACUCCUUUGCAGCAUUAUGUAUUCCCAAUGGGUGGAUCUGGUCUGUAUCUUGUGGUGGAUGAAAAUGAGCAGUUCAGGGAGGAUAACUUCCUGAAAUUGCAAGAUACUUUUACUAAGCAAAAGGUGGGCCAUGGCAGCAUGGGUUCAAAUUCUAAAGGAAAUGGAAGAAUUGUGAAGGCCGGAAAUGCUUCUGGGGGAUCGGACAUUUAUAAGAUUGUUAAGAUGAUCAUGGAGCGUAAAUUUCAACCAGUUAUAAUUUUCAGUUUCAGUAGAAGAGAAUGUGAACAACAUGCAAUGUCAAUGGCCAAACUUGAUUUCAACACCCAGGAGGAGAAAGAUAAUGUGGAGGAGGUUUUUCGUGGUGCAAUGCUCUGCUUGAAUGAGGAAGAUAGAAGUUUGCCAGCUGUUGAGCUGAUGUUACCACUGCUUCAACGGGGCAUUGCAGUUCACCAUUCUGGUCUGCUUCCUAUUAUAAAGGAAAUGGUAGAAAUCCUCUUCCAAGAAGGGCUCGUUAAGGCCCUUUUUGCCACUGAAACGUUUGCCAUGGGAUUAAACAUGCCGGCCAAAACAGUUGUUUUUACAAGUGUUAAAAAAUGGGAUGGUGACAGUCAUCGAUAUAUUGGUUCUGGUGAGUAUAUUCAGAUGAGUGGAAGAGCUGGUCGUCGUGGAAAAGAUGAACGAGGAAUUUGCAUUGUAAUGGUUGAUGAACAGAUGGAGAUGAAUACACUUAAGGACAUGGUUUUGGGAAAACCGGCCCCAUUGGUCAGUACAUUCAGGUUGAGUUACUACACAAUCUUGAACUUGAUGAGCCGAGCUGAGGGACAAUUCACAGCUGAGCACGUUAUCAAGAAUUCAUUUCACCAAUUUCAACAUGAAAAGGCUUUGCCAGAUAUAGGCAAGAAAAUUUCUGCGCUGGAAGAGGAAGCUGUAAAGCUCGAUUCAUCAGGAGAGGCUGAAGUUGCUGAAUAUCAUAAAUUAAAGCUGGAAUUAAGAGAGCUUGAGAAAAAAUUGAUGGCAGAGAUAUUACGACCAGAAAGGGUUCUUCAUUUCCUUCAGCCUGGCAGGCUGGUAAAGGUUCAGGAAGGGGGAACAGAUUGGGGUUGGGGUGUUGUUGUUAAUGUGGUGAAAAAAGCCCCUGCAGUUUCCGGUUCUUUGCCUGCUGGUUUGGCUUCUAUGCGUGGUAGUAGUAACUAUAUUGUGGAUACUCUACUUCAUUGCUCGCUUGGGUCAAAUGAAAAUGGUAGCCGUCCUAAGCCCUGUCCUCCUCGUCCUGGAGAAAAGGGUGAAAUGCAUGUGGUUCCUGUCCAGUUGGCCCUAAUUUCCUCAAUCAGUAAAGUAAGAAUGUCUAUCCCAUCUGACCUUCGGCCAUUAGAAGCAAGGCAAAGUACUCUUCUUGCUCUUCAAGAGUUAGAGAAGAAUCGUUUUCCUCAAGGCCUGCCAAAGCUUAGCCCUGUAAAGGAAAUGGGCAUUGACGAGCCUGAGCUUGUGGAGUUGGUUGAUCAGGUUGAGAAACUGGAGCACCAACUACUUGCACACCCUUUGAAUAAGUCCCAAGAUGAGCAGCAACUUAAAAAUUUCAAGAAAAAAGCGGAAGUAAGCCAUGAAAUACAACAGUUAAAGUCAAAAAUGCGGGAAUCUCAGCUUCAAAAAUUUCGAGAAGAACUCAAGAAUCGAUCUCGAGUUUUGAAAAAAUUGGGUCAUAUUGAUGCUGACGAUGUGGUACAAUUGAAAGGACGUGCGGCUUGCUUGAUAGACACUGGAGAUGAACUCCUAGUAACUGAAUUAAUGUUUAAUGGCACAUUCAAUGAUCUUGAUCAUCAUCAAGUUGCUGCUCUUGUAAGUUGCUUUAUUCCAGGAGAUAAAUCAUCAGAGCAAAUACAUUUAAGAGCUGAACUUGCCAAACCAUUACAGCAGCUGCAGGACAGUGCAAGAAGAAUUGCGGAGAUACAACAUGAAUGCAAAUUGGAAAUAAAUGUGGAGGAGUAUGUGGAGGCAUCCAUUAGACCUUUUUUGAUGGAUGUAAUUUACUGCUGGUCAAAGGGAGCAACUUUUGCUGAAGUCAGUCAAAUGACUGAUAUUUUUGAGGGUAGCAUUAUACGGCAAGCCAGAAGGCUUGAUGAGUUUCUGAAUCAGUUGAAAGAAGCUGCUGUUGCUGUCGGCGAAGUUAAUUUGGAGCAGAAGUUUGCUGCAGCCAGCGAAAGCCUCCGCCGUGGUAUAAUGUUUGCCAACUCUCUAUAUACUUGA